AUGGCCCGUGUGGGGUUCGGGGAUUACCAUUUUUGCGAUCUCCGCGAGGACGCUGGAGGCGCGGUCGGCGUGGCGUCACGAGAAGCAGUGGUGGAUGGCGUCGACCUGCGUGCGGACCUCGCGGGAGACCGCCUCCUAAGAGUGGCGGCAGGAGAUCUCGGGGCCGACGGACCCCUCGUCGUACUUGUUGUCUUCAUGGGCAUCGGCUCUCUCCUUCAUCUCCCUGCGCUCCAGAUCGGGGGGCCGCGGCCGUGCACCCAGAUCGAGAGGGGAGGCCGUGUCGCUCCUGCCGCGGUCGGAUCCAAGGCCAAGCCCGUGGGGUCCUGCUCGGGCUCCUCGCAAGGGCCACGGCGGCGGGAUCCACAACCACGGCGGGUCCGAACCCUAGCCGCCGCAGUGGGUCACCGGCACGACCCCCGCACCUCCAACGGGCAACGACACCAAGGGUCGCUCUACGCGGGCCUUCAUCAGUGCCAGCUUCACCACCGGGACCUGCAGCCUCCUCCUCCGGCGUUCAUUUGCAUCAGGGCAGCCUGUCGUCUUCCUCCACGGGGGUCCUGGGCUGGCACUUCGCCCGGCAACUGUGGAUUCUUCAAUCUGGAGUUCUACAGGAUCGUGUUGUUCAACCAGAGAGGCACUGGAAGAGCACUCCCUAUGCCUGUCUAUAGGAGAACACCACCUAGGACUUGGUGGCUGACAUUGAGAAGGUGCUCAUUGAGCUGUCUAAGAACAAGUAGAUCAUCAUUUCACCAUCUUCGGCCGCCCCAGGAUGUUGGCCUUCAUUCUUCAAAAGUUGGGUGUACAGGAGCUCUAGGAAGAAGAAUCCCGAAGAAAAACCACACCCAGCAAUGUGUUUUUAGCUCACUGGAGAUAGUUAUGUGUGAAGCUAGUUAUGUGUAUAUUUAGUUGUAUUUUAUAGCUAAAUACUAGAUUUGUACUAUGUACUUUGCUUGGUCGUUGUAAUGUAAUCUCAGUUUUGGGUGUACUUUGAUUUGUACUUUGAUUGUAAUGUACUUUGCUUGGCUGUUGUAUGAAAUAUUAUGCCUUAUUGGCUCUUUUU